CCUAAGCUAUCAAUCCUAUCUAAGCUCAUCUUUCAAAAUUCUUUCUUCAUGCAGCUACUAUUCACUCUCUACCUUCGGGACCCUUUCUUCACCGUUUCCUCCUCUUUUUGAGGCUACUCCAGUUGACUAAGUCAUCUAGCAGUAUGUAACCGUGUGGCAGUAAUGCGAUUGGUGAGCAAAACUCUUCGAGAUGUGAAGCCAAAGCGUUUUGUCCUCCAUCCUCGACUCCCACUUUCGCUCCAACGCCCUCGGCUGCAUAGACAGGGUAUUCGGUUGUCCUCCCCGGAAUUUGGAAAGAAUUCACGGUACUAUUUCUCAGCAUCGUCCUCGAACAGCUCGGAAAGUCCUUUCGAUGUUCUCGUGUCGGAACUAUCCGGUAAGGACCAAGUGACACAGAAGACGCCUACCCAACAACAGAAGCCGAACCUUCCUCCCAUUCAAGAGACGAAGCUAUUUGGGAAAUGGAGAGCUCUGUUGACCAACCCUUACCGUCUCUCUGUCGAGUCUGACCUUGACCGGCGCGGUCCCGCCAAAGAAUGGCGCAGCCAACUGUUAGUAGACAAAUUCGAAAACCGCAACGAUCUCGCCUUAUGGAGUGUUCUCCUGGAUUACCAGAAGAGAGUCAAUGGGGACCUAGGCGUUUGGAACGUCUGGAGAGGCCUCUGGGGUCGCAAGUCGCUGUACGAUGUCCAGGAUCCGCUUGCGCCUGCGUUUUGGCGAACAAUGUUAGAGGCCGCAGUGAAGUCUAGGGAGGCCAAGUUCCUAACGAGCGUUUGGAUUUACAGCGAGUGGAUGUAUGAGGUGCAUGGUGUCAAAUGGCCGCAGCUCUACUCGACAGUCCUGUCGCAUUUUUUACGCACUCACCAACACCAUCAAGCUCUGCAGUGGCAGCUACGAUUGACUCCAAACUUCUACCCGGGCGCAGACGAGUUUGCGAGCAUAAUCAAGCAGUUUGCAACCGACAAAGAGCUGUACCGUACUCCUAUUCUCGAGUCUCUGUACAUAGUAAACCCCGAUCAUCAGCUGUAUGAUAUCCUCGUCCCAUAUCUGUACGACUUGGGCGCGUCCCGGCUAGCGUCACGAUGGCGACGUAUUUGCGUUCGACAUGACGAUUUACCUCUGGCACAUGUUUCCCCUAGGCCUUUCUUAAGAUUUCUGAAGGGAUACUUCCCUCAUAUGCCACUUCAUCCCGUAGAAUCUGCCGCGAUCGACAGCUUGAACUUCAAGCCAAAGGAAGAUACGGAGAAAAUUGACAUAUCUCGGGAAUUCGUGAAUCGCGUGCACGGUGAGACGUUCGGCAUCAGCGUCAAGAAUUAUAACGAUCGACUAGGAGCCAAGUGGCUCGCCAGCUCCUGGGUUAGUUUGGACACUGCCAUAUCGACAAUUUCCGCUUUGGGCAUCAGUGAGAUUGGACCGUUAUCGUUGCAAUCAAUCGCGCUGAGAGAAGGAAAAUCAAAGGGCGUAUUAAAGCGCAUCGAGCAACUACGCGAGCAGGGGAUUUCAGUUAUCGAAUCCAACUAUUUAAGAUUGGUCCUUUAUCUAGCGAAAGCCAAUGAUGAUGAACUUCUUCUUGAUCUUCUACAUAGCGAUCUUCAUCCAGACGUAUUUGAUGAUGCUGAGUUACAGUCUCACCUCGUUGUCUCUACGGCUAAUUCAGAAGAUUGGAGAACUCAUCGGCUUAUGUUAGCUACGCGGUUAGCAGUGAUGGAUAAGUCGAAUCGGCAAACAGCCAACGCACUUGCUCAAACUUAUAUCCUACACAAAGACCGAGCAGGGCUCUCGAAGCUUUUAGACGAUAUGAAGGCAAUGGAAAUUGCACUCGAUUCCAACCAGACAAGCCUCAUUUUUGAAAAUUUAAUCAGCGAAGCCAAGUCAACAUUUCUGCCUGAUGAUUCAGUCUACUUUUACCUACCUAUCUGCCGGCAACUCGCGGCUAUGGAAAUUCCAGUACCCAUUCACUGUUGGCGGAAGAUACUGUUCUGUCUCGCUCGGCAAGGCAAAGUAGACGACCUGGAAAAACUGAGUAUUGAAUUGGCAAAUAUGUUUACUUCCUUCCAGUCUUCUCGUCCCGGUUUCGUUCCCGUACACCCGGCCGAUAUACCGGAACCUAUGAAACAACCGUUAUCCGGUGUCGAAAAUCUUCUGGGUGUAUAUAUUCCUUUGGACUUGCCAACCCCGACGCCUCUGCAUCCGUUGCACCAAAUAUUCGAUAAUAAGCUAUUGGGGACUAUUUUACGCUAUUCAUUUCACCCCUCCCCGAAACGAUCUGGACAAAUCACUCCCACGCAAGGUCAUCGUCAACGGUAUUUAAAUUUCGGCGGCAGUCGAGGUGUCAGAUUGCUACGGGCCCUUUACGACCGCGGCGUUUUUUUUGAAAAGCCACACCUAGCUGCUCUGAUUAAACUACGCCUAAUCGACUUCUAUGGGCCUGGUUAUCCGACGAAGAGGGUAUGGCAGUUGGCCAGAGCGAGCAACAGGCUAACGUUAAAGGAGAUGAAAUCUUGUCUGGAUGAGGCUUGGGGGGAAGAACUCCUUCCACCGCUAGAAACUCUCCAAGAGGAGAUUGAGGCUCGCGGGCGGAAGGUGAUGAUACGAAAUGAACAGUAUCUACAACGUAUGGGGAGGACAACACCUCAACUUCAUAUCGUGUUGUAGUAUAGAUCUAACGCCUACAUGUACAUAUAAAAUAUAGAGUAAAGAUACCCAGGGAUUUAUAUAGAUGAUAGAAGAGAGAGUAUACACC